UUUAACAAUAGAAGAAAGAAAAAAGCAGGGAAAUAUUCAGAAAUUAUAAGAAAAUAUUCCAAAGUUUAGAUUUAUAUCCAGUAAAAUACCAUGUAUCAGGAAUAUUUAAAUCAAUUGCAAGUUUCCAUAAAUCCUUUAUCGACAGAAGAACUAAAAGAUCUACUUAAUAAUGAUGAAAAACUUGAUGAGAGGAUUGACGCAGUUUUACAAAUUUUAAAGGCUCAAAAGGACAGUCUUUUCACAGAAAACCGUUCCAAAGCUGAGCGUAACAUUGAAAAGGAACCACAGAUAAUUGAAUUGAAAGGAAAAGUAGCCGAGCUCAACGAGGAGGGUAAACAAUGUUGUGAGGCUGUACAGGAAAAGUUGUCCCUCAUUAAGGAGAAGUCUGGUGGUGUAAGUCAGGAAACGGCCUUAGCUUUGCUACAGACAGCAGCUGCAGAAAGCGAAGAGAACUCCGAGGCUAUAAUUAAAAAAUUCACAGACAACGAUAUAAAUGUUGAGAAUUUUCUGGAAGAAUUUUUGCCAGCCCGCAAGAUAAUGCAUUUACGCAAACUAAAGGCUGAGAAAAUGCAAGAACUUAUGCGACGCCAAGCACAUAGUGGCCCAAAUCCAGCACCACGCAACAUGGCUGGACCAGCCUAUAGCAAUAUACCCUCAAGUGGUUUUUAUCCCGCACCACGUCCACCUUAUGGCGGCGGCGGUGUUCCAUAUCCUAUGGGACCCAUGAUGCCAAUGCCACCACCACGCCCCUAUUAACUAACUGCCAGCUCUUGUGUCAUUUAUUGUUGACCUCAUAAGCGUACAAAUCAUUAGAAGUUUUGUUUGCAAUUUGUAAUCAAAAUGCCCAAUUCGGAACAGGUAGAAAAGAGGAGGAGGAUGUGAAUGAUAAUGUGAUGAUGGCAAAUCUCUUUAUUUUUUAAAUUUCUAUGGAAAUUCAGUUAAUCUACAUAUAUAUAACAAUACUAUGCUGGUGAAAAAGCACCACUUACAGGACAACUAUAUAUAGAUCUUUUUAUCUUUGGUUUCUUUUUUAAUCUCCUAUAAAAGUUAUUUAAAAAAUGAUUUAUUUACAACACACUUAUAUGUAUAUUAAAGUUAAUCGUUUGUUAUCAAAUUAAGUAUUUUAAAAUAAUAAAAAUAACGUAGAGUUAAAAAAAAGUAUAAAUAA